AUGGUGAAAAGAAAGUUGGGGGCCUUGGAAAAGGUCGAGGCUGAUCUGCCCAACCUGCAGCACAAGAUUCGGAGAGAUCCCAAAUCCUAUAUUGAAGACUUCCGCGCUCAGCACUACCAAUAUGAGAGUCACCGGGAAAUUUUCAUGACCGCGCCUUCGUCGACCACGGAGACGGGUCUGAUCUCUCUUAGAGAAUUGAUUGAUUUCAUUGCUCAUGUGGCCGACUGCUAUCCCGAGAUUACGAAGGAUUUCCCUCAGCAACUCAUGGAUAUUUUGACGCAGCACCAUCUGAUCCUCCAGCCGGAAUUGCGCGAAAAGAUCGUCGGUAGCUUGGUGCUUCUGAGGAAGAAGGAACUGUUGGAUUCAGCGACAUUGCUUCAGACUCUGUUCCCUAUCCUCAUUUCUACCCCCAGCAAAACCCUACGAGCUUUGAUCUUCCAAAAGAUCCUCAUGGAUCUUCGACAGGCCAAUGCGAAGACUACGAACCAUAAGCUUAACCGCACUAUGCAGACGGUCCUGUUCAACUUGGUGACGUCGGAUCGGACUUCUUCUAAGGGUCUUUGGGCUAUCAAGCUUACGCGCGAGCUGUGGAAGCGCCAGAUCUGGACCGAUGCCAAGGCUGUAGAGGUCAUGAAGGAAGCCAGUCUGGCAUCGAACGAGAAAGUCAUCGUUGGUGGUGUUCGCUUCUUCUUGGGCGGUGACAAAGAGCGCGAGGAAAUGGAAGACGAAAGCAGCGACGAGGAAGCCAUUGAUUUGGGGCGAGUAAAACAUCAAGUUGGCAUCAACAAGAAGACCAGAAAGAAGUCCCGCGCGAUUGAGAAGGCCAAGGCAACUGUAAAGAGGAGGGAGCGCAAGAAGAGCCAGCCGCAUCCUCUGAACUUCUCCGCUUUGCAUCUUCUCCACGACCCUCAGGGAUAUGCCGAGUCCCUGUUCUCGAAGCAUUUGCAGAACACUAAGUCGAAGCUGAACUUGGACCACAAGCUUAUGGUGCUCCAGCUGGUGACCCGCCUUGUCGGAUUGCAUAAACUGCAUAUCAUGCAUCUCUACUCUUACUUCCAGAAAUUCCUGACUCCCCGUCAGCCAUCCGUCACGUCGUUCUUGGCUUCGCUGGCGCAAGCAUCGCACGAUUUGGUACCCCCGGAUGACCUGGAGCCCUUGGUUCAGAAGAUCGCCAAUGAGUUCGUCUCGGAAGCCUCAGCCUCUGAGGUCGCUUCGGCUGGUCUCAACGCUAUCCGAGAGAUUUGCGCACGACAGCCACUCGCCAUGAAUGAGACCUUGUUGCAAGAUCUUGUUAUGUACCGCAAGAGUAAGGAUAAGGGUGUCAUGAUGGCGGGCCGAGGUUUGCUCAGUCUGUUCCGGGAGCUCAACCCUGAGAUGCUCAAGAGACGGGACCGCGGCAAGGACGCUUCCAUCGGCCUUAAGGCCGGGGAGAGGAAAGAGAAGCGCUUUGCGGAACAGGAGGCCGGUGGCAUCGAGGGUCUGGAGCUCCUGGAGAAAUGGAAGGAGGAGGAGCGCCGGAAGAGGAGGGCUGAGAAGGGCUUGGCUUCUGAUGCUUCUGAUGAUGAGGAGGAAGGCGAGGAGGACAACUGGGCAUCUUGGAACGUGGAAGAUGAUGAGGACAGUGAUGACUCGGGCGAUUGGAUCAAUGUGCAGAGCGACGCUGAAAUCGACAUCAGCGAUUCCGAGGAUGAGAAAGACGGACCUCCCGCUAAGAAGGCCAAGUCCAGUGAAAGCAGCGGAGACGAUACUAAGGCCGAGAAGGCGGAAGAACAGAAGGAAGAGUCUGCUGAGGCCAAGUUCUCCAAGCUUGCAACGACUCGCAUUCUCACCCCGGCUGACUUGGCUAAGCUCCAAGAGCUGCGUACCGAAGCCGCCAUCAACUCACUCGUGCCGGGCGCGAAGAAACGUGAUCGUGACGAUCCUCUGACGGCCGAAGAAAUCGAGGGCCUGGCUGCUCUCUCUGCUGGCAAGGCCACGCGCGAGGAGCGGAUUGCCCAUGCCAAGGAAGGCAAGACUGAUCGGGCCGAGCACAAGAGUAUAACGGCCAAGCGCAAGGAGCGCAAGCAGGAUCAGGGCAAGAGUACGACCAACAAGGAGAAGGCUCGCAAGAAGAACUUCUUGAUGACCCUGGGCAAGGCCAAGAGCAAGAACAAGCGCAGUUUGGUGCAAACUCGCGCCGUCCUCAAGGCUCAUCACGAUCGGGCCAAGCGGGGAGGUCGCAGAGGAAACAUUGGUUAA